CCACGAAUUCUCCGGCAAGGAACGGAUAUGCGAACGAAACUCUAGUGCAACAGACUGUAUCGCUCAAUAUGAGAGGCCGUGGAAAUCUUGGCUUGCGCCUUCCCAGCGAUAACAGAUGUUGAAACCCAAAUAGGUUUCCGUCUUAUUAUUGAAUUUGUUGCAACAAACACUACAUCAGCUGCGGCGGUGCACGCCACUUGGUAUUCGCGUUUUUGCAACAUGAUCCAGUGGGCGCAGUCGAAGUGUCCGUGUUUUGCUUUGGUGGUUUUGAAGUCCCACCUUGUUCAAACUGCUCCAAAAACCGGUCUAUGUUCAGGUCGUCGGAUAAGGGAAUCACUAGCUGUUGUCCCCGAAACGACGUGCAAGAUCCUCAAGCUCCUCUUGUUCCCCAACGUCGGUGCAAGUGAUCUGUCUUUUGCAGGUAAAGAGCUUGAAGAAAAGUCUCAGUACUAGCAUACAACAUGGCAACGGCAUGGGUAUGACUCUGAAUGCAUUACGACACGGCCGGAGAGUUG